UGUGUGGAUGUGCUGCUCUGCUGCCACCUGGUGGUGAGGCGCGGUACCAGCCACUGCUCCGCGGAGCAUUAGCACAGUUGAAGAUGGCGACUGGAGUCCUUCAGAGAGUCAGCGGUGGUUUGGGUCGGGCUAAAAGCGGGGCCCACUCGGCCGGACAGCUCGCGGUGUGGGGCAGGGGGUUUGCAACUUCCAGCUGUAGAAAUAGAGAGGACAGCUGGUUCAAGUCACUGUUUGUGAGGAAAGUUGAUCCCAGAAAAGAUGCACACUCCACCCUACUGACCAAAAAUGAGGAGAGUAACCUCUAUAAGAUUCAGUUCCAUAACGUCAAGCCAGAGUGCCUGGAUGCAUACAACAAACUCUGUGAGGAUGUGUUGCCCUCCAUCCACGCUGAUAAGUACUACCCCUGUGAGCUGGUGGGAACCUGGAAUACCUGGUAUGGAGAACAAGACCAGGCUGUGCAUCUGUGGCGUUACAGAGGUGGAUACCCAGCUCUUACUGAGGUGAUGAACAAGCUCAGGCAGAACAAGGAAUUCACAGCCUACAGGAAGGAGCGAGGAAAGAUGCUGUUGUCCCGCAGGAAUCAGCUCCUCCUGGAGUUCAGCUUCUGGAACGAGCCAGUACCCCGAACGGGACCAAACGUAUACGAGCUCAGGACCUACCAGCUCAGGCCAGGAACCAUGAUCGAGUGGGGUAAUUACUGGGCCAGAGCCGUUCGAUAUCGCCAGCAGAACAGAGAAGCUGUGGGAGGGUUUUUCUCACAGAUUGGAAACCUCUAUAUGGUCCAUCACCUCUGGGCUUACAAGGACCUUCAGUCCCGAGAAGACACGAGGAAUGCUGUGUGGCAGCAGGAAGGCUGGCACGAGGUGGUGUAUUACACAGUCCCACUCAUUCAGCACAUGGACUCAAGGAUCAUGAUUCCCACAAAGGCUUCGCCACUGCAGUAAAAUGAAAAGCCAGCUGGAAGCUGACAUCGAGCGGCACCUCCUUUGAAUGUUACAUCAGCAUCAUGGGUUCAAUCUUUGUCAGUGCUGCCAAACAACGUCCAUUCUCUUUUUGUUAACGUCUGUUUUAUUACUGAAGGAUGUCGCUUGGAUCGAGUCGGGUCUCUGAAAUUUAUCUGCAGUUCAAAUAGUUACUGAAAGGCUCCACGCCACUUUUAAGACACGCAGUAUUUUCUGUGUGAGUUCAGGUUUGGGAGGGAGUGUUAAAAUAUGUAGAUGUGUUUGUCUGAAAUGUGGUGCCACAUCAAAAUUGGUCCAUGGAGAGAUUUCAUUUCCAAGGUUAGAGCCAACCAAAGUUACUUGACAGGAAAAAUCAAAAGGAGCAGCUGUAUGGCGUUAAAGUGUGGGAACAGCUAGAUUAAAAAUAGUACUGCUGAAGCUCGCUGCAGGAGCUAUUUAUUUAUUUAAUGUAACUUUAAAGUACAUGUUUUUAGUGUGCUGAGAAACUUUGAUGUAAAAGCCAUGCCAUUUCAGACUGAAAAGAGAUCCCUUGUAUGAAUAGAAACUAUAUUUCUUUCAAAAUCAUAAGUGUGUGAAAUGCAGAUACCAUAAUUUUAUAUUUGAUGUGUAUUAUGAAUCAUUGUUUUACUCCUUUUGGUUGCUUUUCGUGGAUGUCCCUACAUUUCCUGGUAACAUUAAUGUUUAGUGGUGCUGUGUUUGUAACUAUGGCUUACAGUUUUUCUUUUUCUCAGGACGACAUGCGUGGUUUUAAAGUCCGUUUUUAUCCAACGUAUCUUAACGAGGCACAAAUCAGUUAAAACAGGUGUUCUGCAUAUCAGUGACUGAGUGAAUUUGGUACGCAGGUGAUCACAGUCACGCUGCUUUAUACCGUAACGGUUUUUAUUGUUAAAGGAAGCAUGUUGAUCUGGUGUUUCUGUUCAGAGGGAACAAUGUAGAGACAAGGACAAGAACACAGAUUAAAGUCAUUCAAACAGCGAA